ACCGAGAGGACCUUGUCCCGAUAAAUAUCUGUCAUGCCGCGCUAAAGAGCGCUACACUUAAAAGGACAAAGAUCACAUCAGGCGGCAACACGAUGGCUCCAUCACCGGUGGCGAGGGCAGGCGGACUCCUGCUUCUGUAUUUCUCCUUCUCAUCCGCACAAAUUAGAGGAGACAACAUCGCAACAUCGCAACAUGCAGUAUGCAACAUGAACGACGGCUUUGGAAAAUACUGCCCCACCACAUGCGGGGUGGCUGACUACAUGCAGAGGUACACGUCCAGAGUGGACAAAGAUCUGGACACCAUGCUGAGGGACCUGGAGUCUAUCUCUAAUUUGACACAGACAGCUGAAGAAAAUGUGGUGUACAUGAAAGACCAAGCAACUUUGGGCCAGAAGACUGUCCAGCCUGAGACCUACUACAAACGGUCGUCAAAUAUGCUGGAUGACUUAAUUCACUUUGAGAAGACGAUCAUUACGCAAGAGCAGCAAAUAUUCGAACUGGAGGACCUCAUCUCCUCCAACGACAGGAGACUUGCCGACUUGAAAACGCUCUCCAUUCAGCUGCAGCAGACGUGCAGCAAGCCCUGCAAGGACACCGUGGAGAUCCAGACCCUCACAGGAGCAGAUUGCCAGGAUAUUGCUAACAAAGGCGCAACCACGAGCGGCCUUUACUACGUGAAACCGGUCAAAGCUACCCAGCAGUUCCUGGUCUAUUGUGAGAUCGACAGCUUUGGACGAGGCUUCACGGUCAUACAGAGGAGACGUGACGGAAGCGUGGACUUCCACAAGAACUGGAUCCAGUACAAAGAAGGCUUUGGCUACCUCUCGCCAGACGACACCACCGAGUUCUGGCUGGGCAACGAGAAGCUCCACCUGCUGACUACCAGCUCCACCAUCCCAACUGUGCUGAGGAUAGAGAUUGUCGACUGGCAAGGCAACAAAAAGUACGCCGACUACGCCAUGGUCCGGAUCGGUGCGGAGGCUGACAUGUACCGCCUGCAGUAUGGCUACUACAUGGCCGGUGACGCCGGGGACGCUUUCGACGGCUUCGACUUCGGCGACGACCCCAGCGACAAGUUCUACACGUCGCACAACGGCAUGCAGUUCAGCACCUCGGACAAGGACAACGACAAAUACAACGGCAACUGCGCCAAGCAGGACGGCUCGGGCUGGUGGAUGAACAGGUGCCACGCCGCCCACCUGAACGGCAAAUACUACCAGGGCGGGAGGUACACGGAGAAGGACGCCGGCGAGUACGGCUUCGACAACGGCAUCAUUUGGGUGACGUGGCACGACCGCUGGUACUCACUGAAGGAAACCACCAUGAAGAUCAUCCCUGUAACCAACAUCGCGGCGGGCGGCGGACAGCAGACGGGGGUGAAGCAGUUUGGCAUCACUCCGUAAAGAAUAAAUCAAUACUUACUAA